CCAGGGGAGGGUGGCUGCGGGCGGUGGCAGCGCCAUGGCGGCGGCGGCGGCUGUGUCGGAGGCCUGGCCGGAGCUGGAGCUGGCGGAGCGGGAGCGGCGGCGGGAGCUGCUGCUGACGGGGCCCGGACUUGAGGAGCGGGUGCGGGCGGCCGGUGGGCGGCUGCCGCCGCGGCUCUUCACCCUGCCGCUGCUGCACUACCUGGAGGUGAGCGGCUGCGGGAGCCUGCGCGCGCCGGGGCCGGGCCUGGCGCAGGGCCUGCCACAGCUGCACAGCCUCGUGCUCCGGUGCAACGCGCUGGGCCCCGGCCUGAGCCCCGAGCUCGGGCCGCUGCCCGCCCUGCGGGUGCUCGACCUGUCGGGCAACGCGCUGGAGGCGCUGCCGCCGGGCCAGGGCCUGGGCCCCGCCGAGCCGCCGGGCCUCCCGCAGCUGCAGAGCCUCAACCUCAGCGGCAACCGGCUGCGCGAGCUGCCCGCCGACCUGGCGCGCUGCGCCCCGCGCCUGCAGAGCCUCAACCUCACCGGCAAUUGCCUGGACUCCUUCCCCGCCGCGUUCUUCAGCCCCGGCGCGCUGCCCCUGCUCAGCGAACUGGCGGCUGCUGACAACUGCCUCCGAGAGCUCAGCCCCGACAUCGCCCACCUGGCCUCGCUCAAGACAUUGGACCUCUCCAAUAACCAGUUAAGCGAAAUCCCGGCCGAGCUUGCCGACUGCCCCAAGCUCAAGGAGAUCAACUUCCGGGGGAACAAGCUACGAGACAAGCGGCUGGAGAAGAUGCUCAGCGGCUGCCAGACCCGGUCCAUCCUGGAGUACUUGCGCGCCGGGGGCCGCGGCUGCGGAAAGGGCCGGGGCCGGGACGGCGCGGAGAAGGACGAGAGCCGCAGGAAGAGGCGAGAGAGGAAGCCCAAGCGGGAUGGCGGCGAGGGGGCCGAGCAGGAGGCGGGAGAUGUGGGCCGGCUGCUGCUCAGGGUCCUGCACGUCUCUGAAAACCCCGCGCCCCUGACGGUCAGGGUGAGCCCCGAGGUCAGGGAUGUGCGGCCCUACAUCGUGGGGGCCGUCGUGCGGGGCAUGGACCUGCAGCCCGGAAACGCGCUCAAGCGGUUCCUCGCCGCACAGACCAAGCUCCACGAAGAUCUGUGUGAGAAGCGCACAGCAGCCACCAUGGCAACCCACGACCUCCACACGGUCAGAGGGCCCCUGCUGUACGGAGCCCGGCCCCCGCAGGACCUCAAGAUCGUCCCCUUGGGGCGGAGAGAAGCCAAGGCCAAGGAGCUGGUGCGGCAGCUGCAGCUGGAGGCCGAGGAGCAGCGGAAGCAGAGGCGGCGGCAGAGCGUCUCGGGCCUGCACAGGUAUCUUCACUUGCUGGAUGGAAAAGAAAAUUACCCUUGUCUGGUGGACGCGGACGGCGACGUGAUUUCUUUCCCACCAAUAACCAACAGCGAGAAGACAAAGAUUAAGAAAACAACUUCCGAUUUGUUUCUGGAAGUGACAAGCGCUACGAGUCUGCAGAUCUGUAAAGAUGUCAUGGACGCCCUCAUUCUGAAAAUGGCAGAAAUGAACAAAUUUACUUUAGAAAAUAAAGAGGAAGGAUCACUCUCAGAUACCGAAGCUGAUGCAGUUUCUGGACGACUUUCGGAUCCCAAAAUAAAUCCAGCUGCUGGGAAGGACGGGCAGUCGCUGCUGGUGGUGGAACAGGUCCGGGUGGUGGACCUGGAGGGGAGCCUGAGGGUGGUGUACCCGUCCAAGGCCGACCUGGCCACCGCCACCCCCCAUGUGACCGUCGUCCGCUGACGACCAGGUCCAAGACUCUGCUCAGCAGGUCCCUGUCUGUCGUGCCUGUUUCACAGAGGUUUCUACGUGGUGACAUCGUCAUCGUUUUCACCUCCGUGUUCUUUACGAUGUAUGUAGUCUUUGUUGUGUUUUUCCAGAUGAUUCUGUUGUAAGUGAUGCUAUGUUGUCAUUACGGUACCAGGCUGGUUUUACCGUUUCUUAUGAAAUUAUCCAAAUACCAGGAUUAACUGUUCAAAAUGUUGUUAAUCAUGUAGACACACAGCAAAUAACUCUACUUCAGGAAAAAAGACACUAGACAGUCACGCGCCGCAUAGCGAUGUUUCAGUCCGUGACGGACCGCUUACCUGACGGUGGCCCCAUAGGUGGCGACGGAGCGUGCUGUGUGUUCAAACCUGGCACGCAGCCCUCGAUGCUGGCUCUGCAGACCAAGCAAGGGACGUGGCUGAUAGUAAUGGUGCUGGGGCAUUUGGUUUUCCAUAUGAAAAAACAUGUAUACAUAAAAAUGUGCAUGCCGUCGGGUUUGUGUGAGUACACACUCUAGUGUCCACACAACGGUGAACAUUUCCGCAUUCAGCGACGCACGACUGUAAUUGGUUUGAAUAUCCGGUUACGAAUUGGGAAGCUGACUGCCGUGUACUUUCUUGAACUGCACAAUCAUUUUUCUAUGAUGUAGCAUCUUUUAAAUCAUAGUGUGCCAGUUUGGAGCUUGGAAAUGUGCAAGGACAUUGUGUUUUCCAGCUUGCAGUGAUCGUAAUCUUUCUACAAAAACAGGUUUUUUUAAUGUGACUUUGGAAUUGGCAGAAUUACUUUUCUUAGAAUUGCUGUUGGAAUGCUGUCGCGGGGGUAGAGACGUUUGGACCCCCCAGCUAGGCGGCCCCCCGGGUCUGAAGGCUGUAGCAGGACUUCGCCCAGGUGCUGCGGGGCUGCGCAGAGGCGGGGAGUGUCGGGAAGUUCAGUCCUUUGCACGGUAGCACCAGUGACAGACAGAACCCUGCCUCUGGGUGGACAUGCCGGUUCAACCGGCCAGCUCCGUUGGUUGGUAGGCCGUCAGCAGUUGUCAGCGAGCCGAGGGACAGUGGCAGUGACCCGAGGACAUGUAGGUUUUCAAGCCAAAAAUCAUAGUGUGCACAUGCCAAAGGAGUGGUUCUUCAGCAUUUUAUAUCCUAGACGUUUCCAGUUUUGCGUGUCUCCACUCGCAGACCACCUGUGUCUUUGCAUGUCGCGUGUCGCUGCCGGAGCACACGCACACACCCUCCCUGGAGGCAGAGUGCGCUUGGGUCCUGAGGACCCGGCCAGCCACAGAGGAGGUGGCUUUCACUGCCCCACUGCCUUACGAUCUGCUGCAGCGUGAGAAACUGCCUGUCCUGCUCUCGUUUGUUAAUGACACUAUUUGUGUUCCGUUCACUGGUCUUUGACCUAAAAGGAUAAUUUCUGUGUUCUGUAGAAAUGACCGAUGAUUUUUGGAGCAUUGGCAAGAGCUCAGACCAGACAGGCCUGGGGUCCCAGGCAGUGGGCAAACUGACAGCGCUCGGUGGUUUGUCCAGAGCCUGUAAGACACAGGCUGGGCUGCCUUGAGACCCAACCCCGUCGCCGGGCCACUGCCAGGCCUUCCGUCAGUCCGGCUGGAGGGGCUGCAGACGGAAGGUGGAGACGAGGACGAGCUCCGUGCCUGGCCAGGCUGCGGCAGGGGCACCAGACGCCAGCUUUGCUCUCUGUUGUUGCCCCCAAACCCACCCCAUGUCUGCAUGUGUUGGUGGCCCCAGCUUGUCAUUUCCUGACACUCUGUUGGGCAGUCAAGGCUAGAGGCUGAGGCAGCUUCCCCAGGCCAGGACUCCGCCUGAGCUCAGGGCCGGGGGCCACAGACAGUUGCUCCGGGGGUCACUCUGGGCUGCUCUGCGGAGGGUCACCCUUCUCUGCAUGGCCCAGCACAGCACGGGAGGGUGAGAGGCCUUCUUGGUGCCCCAGGACUAAAGGGCUCAGCGGCCUCAUUGCAACAGAUGUCACCUCACUGAUGUGGACAAAGCCACCAGCUCCUGCCACGCUCGUUCCUGAGGCAGCGGUUACGUGUUUGAUUUUGGAGAUGUGUUUAACUUACAACAGAACCUGCUUUGAGGUUCUUUUUCUUUGCCCAUCUGAC